AUGCGAGUCCUCUUGCUAGGAGCGACCGGAAAUCUCGGCUCCCGCCUCCUCCCGGCCCUAAUCCAAAGGGGUCACACCGUCACUGUUUUCGUGCGGAAUCCUUCGAAACUAGCAACAAGUGUCCAGCGAGAUCAGUUUAGUAUCGAGUGCGGAGAUGCAAGAAAAGCAACCGAGAUUAAAACAGCCGCGAUAAAGCACCAGUGCGAUGCUAUCGUGAAUGCUGCCGGACUUGCGGCUGUCGCGCCGUGGGGUAGGAGUGAUCUGCCCGCUAUCAUCGAUGCGGUAGUUCGUGCCGCGCUAGAAAUUGGCCGGGAGCGCGGCAAGCCAUUGCGACUGUGGGUUCUUGCCGGACUGGGUAUUUUGGACCUUCCAACGACGAAGUAUAUGCUUGUGGAUUAUAUACGAGUCUUUGCUGAACAUCGCAGUACAUUGUCGAAACUUCAAACUUUGCCCAAAGAAAGUGUUCUGUGGUCUGUUCUCUGCCCCGCGACGAUGACCCCUCGGGCUGAGCCCAAUUAUCCUGUCAUCGCUGGAGCAUCUGUCGACAAUCUCCUGACUUCCGCUGAUACACCACCUGAAUGGUCCACUAAGCUUUUGUGGAUACCUGUUAUUGGAGGCUACUUGAAUGUCUUGAGCCAAGCUUCGGGUUACAAUACCUCGCUCGAGGACAAUGCGGAUCUUAUUGCAAGUGAUCUUCUGCGAGGAAUGGAUAGUCCGUGGAUCUACCAGAAAGUUGGAGUGAAGGAGAAGCAGAAUAAUUCGUGA